ACCACCAUCGUCAUCUAAAAAGAGUUCUUCUUUAAUUUAAUGUUAUCACUAGGUGCUAUUUUGAGGGUGUGUGAAAGGAGUUAAUUAAGGCUUGAUUCUCAGGUUUGAUUUUGAGGAAUACGUAAAGCUUACCUCAAUCAAGAAAUACAGAUACAAUGUUGGAGGACAUGGCUCAUCCAUCGGAGCAGCUUCUUAUUGACGAUGUUUCAAGCCCAAUCAGUGGCCAAAUUUUGGAAUUCUGUUACCCUGAGUUCUUCCAAGAAACCCUGCAAAACUCAGAAGUCACUUCUAGCUCGUACUGCUGCUAUGAGAACUCUUCCUACACUAACAAUCUUCCAUCGCCACCAGAUAUAGACAAGUCCAAUAUUUGCUGCCAAGAUAACAAAGGCAAUCAUAAAAGCACGACCCCUACAACCACAACGGCUUGCACCAUCACUACUAGUACAACUACAACUACAGCUGCCAAUACUAACAACAUAAAUAACAACGACACUAGUAAUCGGUCCAUAAUAUUUGACUCCCAAGAUGAGCUUGUCAGUGAACUCUCUGCUUCCAUAGACUUUUCUCCAUCUACUUUUUCUUUCCCUAUAUUUAUCUCUACCCAAAAUGACCAUUUUGAUUUCUCUUCGGUGCAACCCCAACUCACAUUAACAGAUUUUGUAUCUGCUGAUGGUCUGUCACAGUACACUGCUGACCCUGCUGUCCCAAUCAUGGGGCAUCCAUUACCAUCAGUUUUUGAAGAAGAUUGCUUGUCCUCGGUUCCUUCUUAUGUACCUUUGAACCCAUCAUCACCUACCUGUUCAUUUCUUGGUCCAGCCAUGAGUACUUACAUGCUUGCUGGGACCAUGAAUGCCGCAUUAUCUGCUGACAGUUCUGGGAUUUUCGAUGGUGGUAUUCUUACGGGUUCUGAAUGGCAACCACUAGAAUUGGAUUAUCGGGGUGAAAAUGGUGGGAUUUCCUGUCCUGAUUACCUCCAGCAUGUUUUUAACCCUGGUGAUCUGCAGGCACUUGGCAAUACACCUCCAAAACUGGUGGGUGGGCCUGUGAGUUCUGCUCCUUUAACAUCAGAGAUUUCAAGCUUGGAAGAUUCAACUUUCAAGGUGGGCAAACUUUCAGUUGAGCAAAGGAAGGAGAAAAUCCAUAGGUACAUGAAGAAAAGAAAUGAGAGGAAUUUCAGCAAGAAAAUUAAGUAUGCCUGCCGCAAAACACUGGCAGACAGCCGGCCUCGAGUCAGAGGAAGGUUUGCAAAGAAUGAUGAUUCUGUUGACAUCCGCAGGACUGUUUGUGGCCAUCAUGAAGAUGAUGAAGAUGAAGGACCAGCAAUGAAAGAAGAAGAUGUGACUGAUUCUGAUAUUUUUGCUCACACCAGUGGUGUGAACACCUUCAAAUGCAACUACUCUUUCCAGUCCUGGAUUUAAGUACUAGCUUUCCCCUCUCUACAAUUUUGAAGGAUCCUGUUUCAGCCAGGAUGUUAAUUAACUCUCCAGGUUAAAUUUAUAAUAAAAGAAAUCAAAUGAAUGGGUGCUCCAUUUAUAUGAAUUCAGUGAGGAUCAUGUAGACAGCUGAAUAACAAGGUAGUUUUUGUAGAUAUAUCUAUCCUUCCUUUUCUUUUUUUAACCACCAUCUCCGAGAUCCAGCAAAUCUGUUGAAUGCUGUGGCAUCUCAUUGUGAGUAGUAGCUUGACAAGUUUGUCAAUAAAGUUGUUUUUGUUUAUUA